GGGCGCGAGCACGCCGCCGUCCUUGCCGUUGUGAGCGCGGCCGCUCCGGCUGGCCCUGGGGGCGGGGCUGCAAGGGAAAGUGCCAAAGCCGCUGAGUGAAGUAAGAAUUCUCCUGGAGAGAAAAUGGCUGCCUCUUCAUCAUCAUCCUCAGCUGGUGGGGUCAGUGGAAGUUCUGUCACUGGAUCUGGUUUCAGUGUCUCAGACCUUGCCCCACCACGGAAAGCCCUUUUCACCUACCCCAAAGGAGCUGGAGAGAUGUUAGAAGAUGGCUCUGAGAGAUUCCUCUGUGAAUCUGUUUUCAGCUAUCAAGUAGCAUCCACGCUUAAACAGGUGAAACAUGAUCAACAAGUUGCUCGCAUGGAAAAACUAGCUGGUUUGGUAGAAGAGCUGGAGGCUGAUGAGUGGCGCUUUAAACCCAUUGAGCAGCUGCUGGGGUUCACACCCUCUUCAGGUUGAUGUUGCCCAGAUGGUCACCUCUGGUGCACAGCAGGUGCAGAGCCAGCAAGGGACUUUGUCACAGCUUACAUAGCCAUCCAGAGAUUCAUAGACACAUCACGGAUUUGUUCAUUCACAUCCAUACUUGGAUUCUGUGUAUCUAUCCACAGGCAACAAAUACUUAAAUGUGUGAUCUUGCAGGGAAAAUUUUUGUUUGUUGAAAAAAGUACUGGGAAUCAGAUUAAGACAGUUGGUUUCAGAGAACCAGGAGGUUUGGGUUUAAAAGAUAUUUAUAAAAUUUUCACAAGCCAGGUAGAACACAUGCCACAGUUGACCAGCUGAGUGGCAUGUAUCCUGUCAUUCAUACAGUGCCUGGAAAUCUUCACCUGUCAAGUCCAAGAUCAGGAUCUGUAGUUAUAAAAUACGUCAUUUCUGACCUAAAACAGUUCUUUUUGCAGAUGAAUGUGAUUUCAACUCAGGACCUAUCCAAACGAGGAAUUUUAAAAUGUUCCUUUUUUUAGACAUUUAAUUCUAUAGAUUCUAACUUUUUCUAACCUCCUCUAGACAUGCCAAAUGCUAGCAAAAAGAAUUGCUUUUUGAAUAUUGCAGUACUUGUAAAAAUAAAGCAGUGAGCAAAAUCCUUUUCAUCACAGAAAUCCUGAGUUCAUCUCGUUGGUGGACUUAAGCAAUUCUGCAGUAAAUAAAUCCUUUGAAAGAAUUCCAAAUUGGUGUCUUUAUCCUGUCAAAAGUCUCAGGGAUUUUGAUAGGGAGAAAAGGUCAAAUUACUUUUUACAAAACGGGAAUCUAAAACCAUUUCUCCCUAGUAAAUGUUGGGUUUGCUUUACUUCAGGGAUAUUUGUCUUCACAGAAGUAUGUGAAUCUGUCUUAUCAAUAUCUGAGUAGGUUUCUGUGCCAUGAUAGAGGAAAACCUGGAAGGCUAAGAGGUGUACUUUGUUCUCUCUCAUGGGACCCCAUGGUCCACACUGUACAGCUCCAGAAUUAUCUACUACAUUAUAUGCAAAUUUUGCCAUAGACAA